GGGACUGACCCCGGGCUUCCUUUCGCUCUCUCCCCAAACGGAAUUGAUGUGGACCUCUAUCUCUGGUCUGCUGGAGGCCGCUCGGGCUGUUCGCUCGUCAGGCCCCCGGGGUGGUGAGCGAGGGAGCAAGUCGUUUGAAUCUCCCUACCGAGGGCGUGAGGAGGGAAAGAACUUGAAUCGGUCCUGUCCCGACCGAAGCCAUUGUCUUUUUCUCGAUACAUUUAGUGGGAAGGACUAGUGUAGCUCUGCCCUGAACGUGCAACUGACCCAUUUUCCUCGUCGUAAUUUCUCCCUUUUAAGGGAGGAAUGCUUCGUGAGAGCUAAUGGUUCUCUCCGUUGAUCGAAUACAGCCUCAGACCUACCCCCACCCCCGGUCUCCGGUAAAAUAAACAAUUUAAAAAUUACUUAUUUGGGCAAGUAUUUUUUAAAAGUUUCAGUCCAUCAAAUACGUGUCCUUAACCCCAGUUUGGAGUACUUGAUUUAAUUCAGUCAAGAAGCCCGAGGGGUUCUUCCUGUGGAUCUGUGUUUGUCCGAAAAGAACCUGAAUUUGUUAAAUAUCCACAAUGCUCAAUGAAUGAAAUGCAUCUUGUGCCAUUUGUAUGUGCAGGACUACUUGCCAUCUCUACAGGACUCUGGAAUUGAAGCUACUGGGAAAAUCAGGACUCAGCCUGAGGUACCAAAGGGAGGGUUGUCUGCUGGGGAGACAGAGACCUGAGUAUCAGAAUGCCAGUCUGGACUAGAGUGACUUUGCCCCAGGACCCCUAGCUCCAUAUGAAGAUGGAGGAAGAAUCCAUCCUGUGAGGAGAUCUCUGAUCUUUGGACUGAGCCUAGAGACUGACAGGAAAGUCCUCCUUCUGUUGAACAGUUUACUGCCUGGGAAGAUAAGGAGUAGUCACAACUAAAUGUGAAUGUUACAGCAUUCUGAAAAUAUUUGGGAGGGGGUAACUGAAAGAUCUGACACAAAUUCUUAAGGAAAAAAAUUAAAAUUACAAAGAGGAAGGAGGGCUGGGAACUUUUGGUCUAGAGGCUGAGAGGUUUCUCUCUCUCCCAAAAAGGGAGUGUUAAAGAGGAAGGAAUGUCCUCUGUGUUCCUGACAGCUGGUCCCCAGGAAUCAGUGACAUUCAAGGAUGUGUCUGUGGACUUUACCUGGGAGGAAUGGGAGGAACUAGAUAUUGCUCAAAGAGACCUCUAUCGGGAUGUGAUGUUGGAAAACUACAGGAAUAUAAUCUCACUAGGGACUCAGGUUUCUAAACCAGAGGUGAUCUUCUUGUUGGAACAAGGAAAAGAGCCCUGGAUGGUGAAGAGAGAAAUCCCUACAGUCAUCUGUCCAGGAGAGAGAUAUCACAAAUGUGAUACAUGUGAGAAGAAUUUCAAACAUAUUUCACGUCUAGUUAAACAUCAGAGAAUUUGUACAGAGAAGAAAUACUCUGAACUUAAUGACUGUGAAAAAUCAUUUUUACAGCAGACUCACCAUGCUCAAAAUCAGAACAUUUGUACUGGAGAAAAACCUCAUAAAUGUAAUGAAUGUGGGAAAGCUUUUAAUAGAACUGCACACCUUAAAUUACAUCAGAGAAUUCAUACUGGAGAGAAACCCUAUCAGUGUAAUGAAUGUGGGAAGACCUUCAACCAGAAUGCACACCUUACUCAGCAUCGGAAAGUUCAUAUUAGAGGUGAUCCCUAUACAUGUAGUGAGUGUAAGAAAACUUUCCGUCACCCUUCAUCCCUUGUUCAACAUCAGAGAAUUCAUACAGGAGAGAGACCUUACAAAUGUUAUGAAUGUGGACUAACCUUCAGGCUAUAUGUAUAUCUUACUCUACACCAGAGAAUACAUACUGGAGAAAAACCCUAUAAAUGUAACGAAUGUGGGAGAACAUUCAGAUUGCGUUCAAUCCUCAAUCAGCAUCAGAAAAUUCAUACUGGAGAAAAACCCCAUAAAUGUAACGACUGUGGAAAAGCCUUCAGUCGAAUUUCAUUCCUCACUGGACAUCAGAGAAUUCAUACUGGAGAAAAUCCCUAUGUCUGUAAAGAAUGUGGGAAGGCCUUCAAACAGAGAUCAUCCCUUAACCAACAUCGGAGAAUCCAUACUGGAGAGAGACCCUAUAAAUGUAAUGUCUGUGGAAGAGCUUUCACUGGCCGGACACAAUUUAAGCAGCAUUACAGAAGGCAUACUGGAGAAAGACCCUAUAAAUGUAAUGAAUGUGGGAAAGCCUUCAGUGGGACACCAUUCCUCAAAAGACAUCAGAAACUUCAUACUGGAGAGAGACCUUAUAAAUGUGAUAAAUGUGAAAAGACUUAUAGGCUGGAAGAAAAUCUUGUGCAACAUCAGAGAAUCCAUUCUAAAGUGAAACCUUACAAAUGUAUUGAGUGUGGAAAAGCCUUUGCCUAUAGAACAUGCCUUACUCGACAUGAAAGAAUACAUAAUAGAGAGAAACCGUACGAAUCUGGGAAAACUUCCAAUGAAAUUUCAUACAUUACCCAACAUCAGAGAAGUACUAGAAAGAAAUCCUAUGAAUGUACUAAUUGUGGGAAAACAUUCAGUUACAGUGCAGCCUACAUUAGACAUCAGAAGCUUCACACUGGAGAAUAGUCAUGUGAACAAAAGGAAAACUGCUUUUAGCUCCUGUGAUUUCAUCUGGAGUUGAAAAACAGAAGUCCCUCUCUACCUUACAUGUUUUGGCUACUACUCAGAAGCUGCCAAGUUGAGAACAUCUGAUUGGAAAGUGUGUUGUUCUACAGAGGAAAAUGAUCAACACUUACUUGAGGCAUUAUAAGGAAAACUUUAUUAAAACAAUUAAAUUUCAUUCCUUAAAGAAAACUUAAUAGGAACCUUUUGAAGCAAUGGAAAUGAACAAAUAUAAUUGUCACACUUAAGUCAUAUUAACUGAAAAACUGUGAUAUAAACAAAGAUAUAAGCCAAAUCUUUUGUUCGCAUAUGCAUAAUUAUAAUUGGAAGCUACAUUCCUGACAGAACUGAUGCUGAACUUUUCGUAGAAGUAACAGGUUUUAUUUAAUGGUAGAUCUUUACAAACCCAAGCUAAACUGUAUAUAAAUCAUGAUAUAACUCACUAACAAAUUAUAAAGAAAAUUAUGAAUUUGGAAAGUGAAUAUUGGAUCAAAUUAUCUCUCUUUUGAGGUGAAAGGAAAAACUUGAAUUUUAUGUGAUAGUUCUUUUAUAAUCUCUUUUGUUUGAGGUAGGGACUUUUUUUGUCAAAGUUAUUACAUAAGAGUUGAGUGGAUCACCAAAGUCUACUAGCAAUUAGAAGGCAUGCUUUGUUGGCUGAGAAUGAAUUUCAAAUUGUAAGCCAAUGAAUGAAGCUUGAGUCACUUUGUUCAUAUUGGUGAAACUCAAAUUGUAGCUUUCUUGAAUGAUAGACUUGAUUCUCUUCUGUAAACAAUGAAGGAAGCAGUUUCUUAGGGAGGAAAUAUCCAGGCCUAAAGAGAUCAUGAGCUAAGCUAGGCAUAGGAACCGUUAUUUAAAGUUUAGAUAGUAUCUAGUAUGACUAAGUAGUUCUCUUUAAUAAAUAACAUUAUUCUUGCAUAUUCUUUCCAAACAUGUAUAUCCGUGUCUCGGCAAACACAAAACACUGAAAAGAUGGUGGUGUGAAAGGCUGAGAUAUAUGCCAUCUUUUCAAUAUACUCAGGAAUUUAGCUUGGUUAAUUUUAGUAGUGGAAAUAGAUAUUGCAGAACAAGAUAGAUUUCAUUCCUUCUGGAUGAUAUUAACAGCAAAAAGAAAGUUUUAAAUGGCAGGAUAAAUUUGAAUUUAAGUUUUAACAAGGAGCAGUCACAGCAACAGUGUAGUUAAACAUGCAGCAGUCAUCACUAAGAGAUUGGCUGCUUGGUGGUGCAUUAUCUGGCCAUGGCAACCCAUGAAACAAAAAAGCAAAAUGGCCCCAGGUCCUGUUUGACAUUCUUGCGUUUCCAUAGUGAUGGUGGAAGAAUAUGGAAAAGGUGGAAAGAAGGUACUAAAAAUCACAAAUUUUAAACCAUCAAUAAAAUUUAGCUUGGCCUUUGGCACUCCAAAUGUGAGGUUCUUUUGUAAUGACUAAUGAGUGGACAUACUACUGAAGGAACUGAAUUCUAUUGUUGACAUUCUCAAUACAAAGUUUCAGUGAAAUAAAAGGAUGAUUUUC